AUGGAAGAACAGUUGUUAUAACCUGUUACUUAUGGAUCUGUGAUCUAUUUAUCGACAGAGAGUAAUCUGAAUAGUUUCAUGUUCAGCGAUGGAUUCAUGGAUAAGAGUGUGAAACUUAAGAGCUUUGAAUCCAUUUGCUAAGUGGUAACUUAUGAUUACUUAAGUAGGAUUAUUAUGAUUUUUCUUUCAGCUUAUUCAUGGUACUUCCGUUUUCAAGCAUUCAAUCAUUCGAACAUCAGGCCAAUGUGAUUUAGGAAUGGAGAAAGAAAUUGAUUGAUAAUAAUGAGAAUAGUAAUUAUAGUUAAAUAUUUUAGAGCUGGAAAAAAGAAGAGAAGCAAUACAGGAGAUGUGGAAUAAAUUAGAAUCGGAAUAUUAAUUCAAUUUGGGUGUUAUUCAGAAAAGUUAUAAUGCUUCCAUAUGCUUUGCAAGUAGUAACUUCAUGUUGUUGCACAUCAACUCCCUCAAAUUCCUCACUUUGUAUCAGGAUGACAAUAACAAUCUAUUGUAACAUAUGAAGUAAUUUUAAUAGUCUUCAAUUAACCGAGAAUCCUGAUGAGUGUUGUUUCUUCAACUUUGAUCCCUCCUUGAAAUUGCAAAGGGGUAGGUCUGACAAUUUCGUAUACGAGGAUGAGAUUGUAUAUAUAGCAUGCGCAAAAAAGUACAGCGGCAAGUCCCCUUACUUGAGCAUAAUUUAAAAUGACACCAUUAUUGGUUUGAUAGAUUCAAAAGAGAAUUGGAAAGUCAACAUCUACGAACAACCAUUCAAAGAAUCCACCUACAUGAGAGUUGGCUCAUGCGUUUGGAUCUUGAGUUCUGAAAUGCCUUUGUUCUUCACCUGCUAAAGACCUGAAGAUCCCUAUUAUCAGAUGUAUAUGACCUCCAGAAAUCCCAACUUAGCCAAGGAGAAAAAAGGCAUAUUGUAUGAGUGGUAACAAAAUGACAAGAAGGAUUUGAAGGAACAAUUUCUUACUUAGCCCAGAGAAUUGUUAUUGGACGGAUUGUAGAUUCUAUUGACUCUAAUUAAAACGCCUAAAAUUGGGUAGUCGGAUGAAUUGAGUCCUUUUGGCCUAUGGAAAAUAGAAUCUAAUAAUGUUAAACUUGGAGGAGAGUUGAAAUGGGAUCAGACUUACAGAUUAAAGAACAUCAUUACUGGAUGCUAUUUGUCAGUUUAAGGGACUCCCUCCAAUCCCAGAUUAAUGCCCUAUAAUAGAGCUAAUACUAGUUCAAAGAAUGCUGAUUUUUCAUGCACUGAAUUUCGAUUCGUGCCCAUUGACAACCUAAUUCAAUACAAGGGAAAAACUAAGUCAAUUUAGAAGAUAUCGAAGGACGCCUUUUUCAUGAUUCAACAUGCAAAAAGUGGAUUGUGGGUGUCACUCAAUUAAAAUGAAGGCAUUUAACAACCCAAUCUAUUAGAUUACGUUAAGGACAUUAAUACCUAUAGAUUUAGAGAAGCAUCUUUACAGUAAGUCUGGGAAACCUAUUGUGUUACUGCAAGUUAGAAGUUGUUGAUUAAAUUCGCAGAAUAUCCGAAAUCUGAUAUAGAGAGACAAUAAUUUGAUUUUCUGUUUGAAAGAGUCAAGGAGAUGAUUCAAUUUCUGAGUGAAUUCUUAACCAACAGUCAGGUUGCCAAUAUGAGUUUAGAGCAGGAACCAUUGCAAGUGUGUAGAGGAAGAUAGGAUAGAUUUAAAGAGUAGUACUCCUUGGGCUUGCUUUGUUGGUUACUGAUUGAGAUAUUUCCGACACUAGAUGAAUUUGAACUCUACCAGAUCAAUCCAGAUGAUGGAUCCAAAUGGACUCUUAAAAGAAGGAAGGGUCAUUCUAAGAUAUGUAUUAUCAUGUAAUAUUUCAAUAGAAAACACAUCCAUCAAAUAGGAAACAGAAAUCAUCAAGAAAAGAUACGAAAUAUGUUAAUUGGGAUAUCACUUGUUAAGUAUUGCUGCAACCAGGAACUAGGAUAACUAGCAAUUCAUUCUUAAGUUCCUAACCAAUUUGAGUAAUCAUAUAGGAUUUGGUUCAUUUGUGACUCAAUCAUUGAAAUAAUGUUUCAGGGACAACAAAGAAAUCCUAGAAGAUUUGCAUCGCCAAAAGAUCAACGAGGUUGCACAGAACUAAUAUCAAGACAUCUUUUAAGCCAUGGCUCAUAGACUGAAGCAAUUUGAACCUUAUUACAAGGUGGAAAUCUUGCAAUUGCUUUCGGCAUUCACAUCUCAAGAACAUUAAUCAAUAUACAUCAACUAAGAGAAGAUCUUUUAGGCUAUUGUUGAAAAUAAGAAUUUCCUCUUUGGUCAUCUUAUGAGAAUAGAUUACUUAGACAACAAUCUUCUUGUGGAAUACAGAGUUUUUGUUGAGAGGGAAUAUGAAAGCAAAUAACUGCAAAUCCAGGAAUUCUUCUAAAAACCUCAAGAAUAACAAAGACAGAUGUUUGAAAACAAAUUUAUUGAUUAUAGAAUUCAACAAUACUUUUUAGAACAACUAAGACUUUAUGGGAAGCUAUGUUAAAAUAGAAAUUAUGCAUGUGUUAAGAAUCUUUAGGAGUUACUACCCAGAAAGGCCUUGUUGCAUUAUUUGGGAAUUCAAAUCGACGAUGAAAUUAAGGCCAUUUUAUGUUAGCUAAUAUUAAAUCUGUAUAUUGAUCAAGAGCCAAGAAGUAUAAUAAACAAGCCAAGUUUCGUGAGAGUGUUGAAUACUUCUAAUUAAAGUGGGAAGGACGACAUUACGGAUAGAUUCAUAGAAAUUAAUUUAACAAAUGAUAUUCAAGGAACCUAUUAGAUCAGAAAAUGGUUAUUAGAGUAUUUGAAGGCCAAAAUAGAAUAUUUAGAUGACACUAAUGUUAAUGAAGAUAAAACUACAAGCAUUUACAAUGAGUUAACAUAUGAAGUAAUUAGAUGUUUAAGUCUUAUGGUCAAAUUUGGAUUGUUUUCUAAGCAUGCGAAUUAAUUGCUUCAAACUACAUUGAAAUUGAAUAAUCAUAAUAUAGAUUUAAAUAAUUUGGAGUAUGAUUUGAAGAAUUUAGUUUGUUAUUUGGCAAAACUAUUGGAAUACGAUCACAAUUACUUUUAGGAGUUGAAGGAUAAUCAAAUCAAAAGAUCAUAUAUGGAAGAGAAGGAAGAUUUGAAAUACAUGAUAAAUUUAAAUAUUUUUCAGAAGGCUAAAGUUGAGGAAGAGGAAGAAGAACAAGGAACCUCUCACAAAGAAUAAGACCUUUCGUAGUCCUUCCCAUUUUUGAAGCGAUACACAAGUUUAUUCAAACUAAUCAAAUACUUUACUACAAAAACAUGUAAGUUUUAAAAGCAAAGCAAAUUCUUCAUCUUGAUUAAAAAGGAAAUUUGUGGCAUUUUCCAAACUCUGUUAGAAUGGCGAGAAGAUAUACAAAUUGGAAAAGCAAUCAAUUGGUUUUAGAAAAAGCACAGUGAUUACUCAAACAUAGAGGAUGAGGAAAUAGCAAAUGAAAUCAUGCCCAGUUUUAGUAUUGAACCUGGCAAAUACAAUAAGGAUGAUGAGGAGGAUAACAUACAUCAAGAAGAAGAAAUACAAGACUUUGAUCACAUCCUUGAAAGACCCUUUGUUGAAGUCUUAAUUUUGGCAUUCUAUUUUGCCUAGGAUCCCGAUUUGCAGAACUCAGUUGUUAAUUUGCUUUACAAAAGAUUCACAUAAAGGAAGAAGUUGUUGUUAAAUUUAAAAAAGGUCUCGCUUGUUUAGGCUGACAACAAUUCCUAUAAGCUCUUAUCUACCUUAGUGAAUGAUAUUAAGAAUUAGAUCAGUUACAGUCAGUCUUGGCUAUAAAUAAUAGAAUCUAAUGUGUAUGAUGAGAAGGCAGAAGAAGCCUUGCAUUAGACUGUUUAAAAGUUUGAUUAAAUAUUAAAGGAAUUUGAGCAGAAGUGCGAUGCUGAAUCAUUUAAUAUUAAAUAAAAAAUAUUUAAGCAUUUGGGAGGUCAUAAGUUAAUUUUGAAGUUUUUAGAAUCAGGGAUUAGAGUCAUCUACUCAAAAAUCAAGUACUUCCACAUUUCUGCAGAAGAGGAGAAGGAGCAGGCUAACUUUGCCAUCACUCCAGGGAUGAAUAGGGCUAAAAAUUUACCUCCUUUAAGUUUAGAAUAGAAAAAGCCUGAAUCUGCAGCUAUCGAAAAUUCAGAUUAAUAUUCAUAUAGAAAAUAAUUCAUUUAGUAUGUUAUUAAGGUUUUUACAACUUGUCAUUAAAUUUUAAGUAAAUUUGCGGAGGGGAAUAAAAGUAAUCAAAAUUCAAUUUACAAGAUUUAUGUAACAUUACUUGAUAAGCCUGUUAGAAUUAAUAUUGGAUAGGUAGCUUUCCUCAAAUCCUUAUAUAAUAAUAAUGUAGAUCUGUGUUUAAAACCCUAAGAUUAAUGUUUUGAUUACGUACAGCAUUUAAUAAAUGAUCAUGGUCAUUAAUAUGAAUUCUUGGAAGUGAUGCUUGUGUUUUUAAAGGCAUCGAAGGAGACAGAUUCAUAGAAAAUAUAAGUAGCCAUAAUGUCUAAGAUUCUAUCAAAUUACAAUUAUUUUGAUCCAACCAAACAAAUCAUUCCAAAAAGGGAUUUGCCACUCUUUUAUGAAGACAAGCGCCAAGAAGAAAGGUAACUGAUGUUUAGGAAGAAGUUUAUCUAGUUGGUUAGUGGAUGCAUUGAAAGUGAAAUAAGUGUUAACUUUAUUGUUCAACUCUAAGAGAAUCUUUCAGUGAGAUAACUAUUAUAAAUGCUAUUGUAUGAUACGAAAUCACCAACUGGGUCUUUAGAGAUGAAGGAACAAAUAUUUUCGAUAUUGAAGAUCUAUUUUGAAAAAAUUGACAAGGCUUUACAUGAUUUUUAAAGUUGCUGUGCUGAAUUUACUAAAUUAUUAUAAACUGUAUCAUAAAAGAUGCAAUAGCCCAGGAUUUCAAAGGAAGAUCAAUCUUUCAUUGCAUUACAGAUAGUCAAAUUGGUUAAUGUGUAUUUUCUGAAUUUUCUCAAAGACAUUGGAAUGAUUUCUCUAAAAAUGUUAGCCUAAGACUAAAGUAUUCAAAAAGAGAAAUUUAUAUUUUAAUUUGCUUAGCAAUUGGUUACUGCUUUGCCUAAAUUUGAAAAAUUACCUGCUUACAAGGCAGGAUUCAUGGAGUUAUCCAAUAAUUUUAGUCUUCAUCUAUCUGAGGAUUAAUUCUCACAAUUUGAGAAUAAUCAUUAAGAGAUUUAAAUUAAUAAUAAUCUACCAACACAGUUAAUUCAGGAAUAGGAUUCCGAAUAAUAUGAUAAGUCAUCUUCUUAUGAAUCAUGGAAUGCGUUUGUCAAAAAAAUAUUAAGAAGUUCAUCAAUCAAGAAGGCAGUAUUGAGUGAAAGAAUGAAAUUCAAAGAGGUCAUCUUAAAUGUAUAAGACAUUUUUGAGAAGCCUAAGGAGACCAUGGAUAUUAGACUUAAGGAUCUCAUCAUAUCAAGGGAUGAUAUCAUAGUUAAGCUAUUAAAUUACAUAGAACAUUGGAAAGUCAGGAAUGCCAGCAGACACACUGUGAUUUUCAUUAUAAAAUCUAUAAGAGCAUUAUUGUAGAUCAAGAAUGAGAAAUAACUAAUAAAGAUGUAAAUUCAUUUGGAUUCACUUAAAGCAACACAAAUAGCUCUGAGACUGUAUUGGAGUGAUAAGGUGACUGAGGAUCUAUAUAUUUAUCAAUUAAUAAAGUGGAUCAUCUCUUUGUUGGAAGGGGGAAACAAAGUAAUUUAGAUGAGCAUUUUAAAUUUAAUGAAAAUGAAUUCAGAUAGUGAAGCCUUCUUUUUAAAGAUAUACACAAUUCUAACAGAGUAUAUGACUUCAAUGAGAAAGAUAAGAAAGAAGGAUGAUCAGAAGAAAAUUAGAAAGAGGAAAUUCAUUGCAAAAACGUUGUAGGUGAUACAGUUGUUAUGUGAGGGUCAUAAUAAUGACCUUUAAAAUUACCUCAGACAACAAGCUAAUUCGAAAGUGUCAUAUGAUAUAGUGUCAUUAAUGGUUAAAUUGGUUAUUUCAAAUAGAAUAUCUGAUGCAACAUAUGAAUCUCUAGUAUAGUGUUUAGACACUUUAACUGAAGUAGUUUAGGGUCCUUGCAAAGAGAAUUAAGUUGUUAUUGUAACUAGUAAAUUUGUUUCUUGGAGUGUAGAUUUGUUAAAAGAAGAUCCCAAAUUGUUUGAAUUCAAUAAGAUAGAUAUUCAAUAGGUUAAAUUAAAAAGAUUGAAAUUUAAGUGUACAAACACUUUGCUUAGUUUAAUGGAGCUUUAAGAGGAAAAUGAUGAAAUUAUGAAUCUUUUAAUUCGAAGUAUUCCUAUCACUGUUUUAGUUAAUGAAUUGGCUAAGUUCUAUUUGCUAUAUACUUCAAUCUAUAAGAAGGAAUAUGUGGUGGAGUGUUUUAAAACAUACGUGGAUGAGAGUGACGAAUUUGAAUUGAAGAAAAAGAAUUAAUGUAUUAUUGAGUACGGAUUCAACUUGUUCAUCAUAAUCAAUAUUUUAAUGCUGAAGAAUAAAAAGUCGUAAGAGGCAGAUCUUGAAGAAAUUCGUAAAUUAAUCGACGAGUAUUAAUUUGUCAACAAAAAAUCUAAUUAGGGGUUAGAAGGCCUAUUAGAUCUUAAAAUAAAUAUAGAUCUGAAUAUCAAAAUCAAUCUGCCUUUUGGGUAAGCGGAGGAUGAGGAAUCAAACGAAUUGAAGAAGGCAUAGGAGAUGAAAAAAGCUUAAAAAGAUGCAUACAAAUUCUUCUCAGAAAAUACGGUCUUUAUAGAGAUAGCAAGGGAUGAUUAACUCCAUAGGAUUUACUUCCCUUUAUUGCCAUAAUGCAAAAUGCUAUCCAAAGAAUCCAGAAAGGAUUUCUGUGAAUAGGUUGAUCAUUCAUCCAUUCGAGACAAAUUAGUGUAUUUGAUGACUUCUGCUGAUCAGAUGAGGAAAGUGAUGGAACAUGAAGAACUAUUAAGAAAUUUAUUCAAGAGAUUGAAAGUUGUGGAGUUGAUUGCGACUCAUAAAUUAUUAUGGGAAUAAUUAGCAUUUGUUACAAAUGUUAUUAUUAAUUUAGUGAUUUUGUGUUCUUAUGGUAAUUAUGCUUAUACAGAUGCUCUUCCAACACCCUUCCCAGUGAGUUUUAAUGGUAUUAAAUUUUCACUAGAAUGGGUUGUAUAAAACUAACUAUAUUAUGAUUCCACUCAACCUGAUACUGACUUGUUGUGGGAUGCAAGAUUAAAUUAGCCUCGUCUAUUUUACGUAUCUGAUUUUACUUGGACUAACACUCUCAUAGUCAUUUUGGGAUAUCUCAAUUUGGGAUUCUCAUUAUUGGUCAUUACAUUUUUUGCCAUAAAGAAAGCACCCCUUUUGAUUACUGACAUGUGGGUUGAAUUCCUAGGCAAACCUAUGGGAUGUAUAGAAAGAACUAUAAUGAGUUUUGUAAUGAUAGUUAAAUCAUUUAUUAAUUGUUUAGUUGACUUUGAUUUUGCAUACUUUUGUGGAUAUAUGGCAUGCAUUAUUGUCGGAUUAAUUAUACAUCCAUUUGCAUUUGUAUUGCUAUUGGCUGACUUUCUGAGAAUAUCAACAUUGAAGAUAGUGAUAAAAGCAAUUUGGAUCAGUAAAAUAUAGAUGGGGUUAUCAUUCUUGGUAUUCUUGUUGGUCGAGUAUUACUUUGCAGUUAUUGGCUAUUUAUUCUUUUGGGAUUAAUACCAAGACCAAUCUUGUUAAAUUAUGUGGAGGUGUUUCUUGUAGACAUUCGAUUAAACAUUCAAAAAUGGAGGAGCCAUUGGAGAUUAUUUAGCUGAUACGUAACUAUAAGAUCCCACUGGCUCUUAAUUGCCUAUCAAUUAUUCAUUAACUCCUUAUCAAUAGGAUAGAUUUAUUUAUAGAUUUGUUUUUGAUGUUCUUUUCAAAUUUAUUUUAGUGUUCUUGAUCAUCAAUAUGGUUGCUGGUAUUAUCAUCGAUACUUUUGGUGCCUUGAAGGAUGAGAUGCUUGAAAAACAAUCGAAUCUAGAAGACUACUGCUUUAUCUGUGGAAUUCAGAGUGAAAAACUGGAUAAGAGUACACAAUAUGGGCAUUAUUCACACAUCAAGAAGAAUCAUCAUAUGUGGAAUUACGUCUAUUAUAAAGUUUAUCUAUUUUUCAAACCAAAAAAUGAUUUAUCAGGAAAUGAAACCUAUGUCAAACGACUUAUGAUUAAUAAUGAAAUUGAUUGGUUCCCAGUUAAAAAGGCAAUAGGGUUUACGGACGAGGACGAGGAAGAUGAAGAGUAAAAUGAGGACAAUCUAUAGAUAAUUGAAGAAACUUAUCAAGAGGUAUUGAUUGAAUAGAUUAUUUUAAUAGGUCUAGGAACUUGAAUAAUUGGCUCUAUCCACAAAUCAGAAAUUAAAAAUAUUCAUUUGA